UAUGAUAGAUGAUUCAACACGUGUUCCGCUUGGAAAAAGCAAGGACUACAUCAAUGCUAGUUAUAUUAGAAUAGUAAAUUAUGAAGACGAGAAUUUUUAUAUUGCUACCCAAGGACCACUUCCAGAAACCAUAGAUGACUUUUGGCAAAUGGUUUGGGAAAAUAAUUCUAAUGUUAUUGCAAUGAUAACCAGAGAGAUAGAAGACGGGGUUAUCAAAUGUCAUUGUUACUGGCCUAUUUCGAAGGAGCCUUUGGAAUUGAAACAUCUACGUGUCUUUUUGGAGCACUACCAGAUAACUCAAUAUUUCAUCAUUCGAGUGUUUCAAAUUGUGAAGAAGUCUACCGGAAUUAGUCACUGUGUAAAGCACUUGCAGUUCACCAGAUGGCCAGACCAUGGCACUCCUGCCUCAGCAGAUUAUUUCAUAAAGUAUGUUCGUUAUGUGAGGAAGUGUCACAUCACAGGACCCCUGGUUGUUCACUGCAGUGCUGGUGUAGGCCGAACGGGGGUGUUCAUAUGCCUGGACGUUGUAUUCUGUGCCAUCGAGAAGAACUACUCAUUCAACAUUAUGAAUAUAGUGACCCAAAUGAGAAAACAGCGUUGUGGCAUGAUUCAAACAAAGGAGCAGUAUCGCUUCUGCUAUGAUAUAGCACUUGAAGUUCUUCAGAAUCUUCUGGCUUUGACCUAAGAAAGUCUUCUGCCGCCUCUCACUUGAAAUUA